AUGUUAUAAUUACUCAAUUCACCCACUCUUUAAAAUUUAUCUGAUUUAGUUUAAUCAAUAUAAUAUAAUUAAGAAUUGGAUUAAGCAUAAAAGAAGAUUCACUAUGAAACUUUUCAAGAUCUUAUUAAAUUAUAAUCUUUCAACCAUUAUGCUUCUUUUAUAGAUUAUUUGAUUAGAUUAAAUGAGGGAGAUAAAAGUAAUUAUUAUAGAGUAUUUUUAUAAAUACAGAAACCUUAAUUACAUAUUUCUUCUGAUUUAUACCCUAAAGAUGAUCUUAUUCCUUAAGAAGAACCUCUAAAAAUUAUUCAGACUGUACCAAAAUUUCUCAAAGAUACAAUUAAAUGCUAAGAAGUUAUUUCAAAUACUUAGAGAAAAUAAAGGAAAAUUCCUAAUUAUGAAAAAGAGUUAUUUUUCUAAUACUUUCCAGUAUUACCUUUUCGAUAAGAAUAUAUACAAUCUAUUUUAUAAAUUGCUACUUUAAAAUUAACUGAACUAAAAAAUUUAGUUUCUUAAGUUGCUUAUUUAAAAUAAAAUGCUAUCUAAAGUAUUCCUUAGAGUGUACGAAUUUUAAGAAAGAAAUAGAAACUGUAAUUCUCUGAAGAACCCGCACCUUAAAAAUUAUAUAGUUGA